AUGGGGCUUACGAUAUCCGGACUUUUUGGACGUCUUUUUGGCAAGAAGCAAGUGCGAAUUCUAAUGGUUGGUCUGGAUGCAGCAGGCAAGACGACCAUCCUGUACAAACUGAAGUUGGGCGAGAUUGUCACCACCAUCCCCACCAUCGGGUUUAACGUGGAAACAGUGGAAUACAAAAAUAUUUCUUUCACGGUCUGGGAUGUUGGUGGCCAGGACAAAAUCCGCCCCCUUUGGAGACACUAUUUUCAAAAUACACAGGUAUGA